AGGUUAGGCGGCCGCACGCCGGAAGUGGCGGCUGGAGCGGGAGUACUGAGGUGUUGGCCCGCUGGGCAGCGGCCGGGAGCCGGGGGCGGGGGCGUGGGCGUUGGUCAUGUUUCCCCUCGGGCUCCGUAGCCCCGGAGGGGACAGGGCGGCUGGAGCCGGGGCUGAGGAGCCGGCACCCUACGGGAGAGAGGCGGCUACUGCCAGGCCGCUCCCUUCCCCGCCCUCGCCACUACAGCCUGGGACUGACGCAGCCCCUCCCCCGUCGCCCGGCGGGAGCCCUCUCAGUCCCUGCGCCCCUUCGCAGCCCCCCGGCGGGCGCGCGCGAGAGCUCGGGCCGCCCGGAGCCCUCGAGUCCUCAGCCGCUUCCGCUAAAGGAGAUCCUUCACCGCCUUCCCCGCCACGCCGGCCACCCGGGCCUGACUGCAGGGCCGGGAGCCGUGGCCAGCCCUGCCUCAGAGCCCGCCUGGGCGGCCCUGGCGCCCGGCUCUUCGGGUGGCUGAGAGAGCGCAGCCUGGGCCGUGGGCUGUUUGUGGACCCGGCGCGGGACAAUUUCCGCACCAUGACUAACCUCUAUGGUUCCAUCCAUCCCGCGGAUUCGGUGUACCUCAGCACCCGCACCCACGGGGCAGUCUUCAACCUCGAGUACUCGCCCGACGGGUCAGUGCUGACAGUUGCUUGUGAACAGACUGAAGUUCUACUUUUUGAUCCUAUAUCUUCAAAGCACAUAAAAACACUUUCUGAAGCUCAUGAAGACUGUGUAAAUAAUAUAAGAUUUCUUGAUAACCGGCUGUUUGCUACCUGUUCUGAUGACACUACAAUAGCCCUGUGGGAUCUGAGAAAACUGAACACGAAAGUAUGCACUUUACAUGGUCACACUAGCUGGGUGAAGAACAUCGAAUAUGAUACUAAUACAAGACUCUUAGUAACGUCAGGAUUUGAUGGAAAUGUCAUUAUUUGGGACACCAACAGGUGUACAGAAGAUGGAUGUCCACAUAAGAAAUUCUUUCACACACGUUUUCUCAUGCGGAUGAGAUUAACACCAGAUUGUUCCAAAAUGUUGAUCUCAACGUCCUCUGGAUAUCUCUUGAUUUUGCAUGAUCUUGACUUAACCAAGUCUUUAGAAGUAGGCAGCUAUCCCAUUUUGAGGGCAAGAAGAACAACAUCAAGUUCAGAUCUUACUACUUUGUCAAGUUCAUCUGGUCCUAGAGUUUCUGGUUCACCUUGUCAUCACAGUGAUUCUAAUUCAUCUUCUGAGAAACACAUGUCACGCACCUCACAAAGAGAAGGAAUUUCACCACGAAAUAGUCUUGAAGUCUUAACCCCUGAAGUUCCUGGUGAGAGAGACCGUGGAAACUGCAUCACAUCCUUACAGCUGCACCCAAAAGGCUGGGCCACUCUUCUUCGGUGCUCAAGCAACACUGAUGAUCAGGAGUGGACUUGUGUCUAUGAAUUCCAAGAAGGGGCACCCGUGAGACCAGUCGCACCUCGCUGUUCUCUACGCCUGACUCAUUACAUUGAAGAAGCCAAUGUAGGCAGGGGUUAUAUCAAAGAACUUUGCUUCAGCCCUGAUGGGCGAAUGAUUUCGUCCCCACACGGAUAUGGGAUCCGCUUGCUGGGGUUUGACAAACAGUGCAGUGAACUUAUUGACUGUUUGCCCAAAGAAGCCAGUCCCCUGCGGGUGAUCCGUUCUCUGUACUCUCACAAUGAUGUGGUACUGACGACAAAGUUCUCUCCAACACAUUGUCAGAUCGCCUCUGGGUGCCUUAGUGGACGGGUUUCUUUGUAUCAGCCAAAGUUUUAGGCACAACUUACGUCAAAUAAGGAACUCUACUGGUGUUCAACUUCUAUAUACUUCAAUUUAGGUGAAGUAUUUUCUUUUUAGAAGAUCUUAAAAGUUUGGGUCAAGAUCCUGGUUCUUAUGGGUCCACAAACAUACCUGUGACCUGAGUACUUGAUCAUCCAGCAUCACGAGGCAUCGCCAAGUUAGACUCCAGGCAGCAACAUCUUUUGCAGCGUUCCUCUGCUCCUGCUGACCUGUGCCACUACACUCCAGCUCUGCUGGUAGCUUUGUCAGGUCCCUCUCUUUUAAUUUUCUUUUCUGUUUUUGAUUUUGGUGUGAAUUUUGUGGACAUUUGGCAGGAGUUUUGGUUGGAUUAGGAGAAACUCAUGAUGCUAGUAUUGAAUAAAAUCUGGAAGUCUGAUGUUGGCAUAGUGGUUGCUGAAAAGAAAUUUCAUCUUCACUUAUCAGUAUUCUUGGCCUUUAAAAGUUGCUGUUAGUUUCUCUAUAAUGAGCACAGAUGAUGGCAUUAUCCUUACGACUGUGACAGUCUUGCAGCAAAAUGUCUUUUAGGUUUCCUGUCAAAAUCAUACAUGUUUUUUACCAUGAGAGGAAUUUCGUUGUGAAAUUCUAGAAAAAAACAUUACCACCUCUCUUUGUAGUUUACUGUAUUUGUAUGCAUUCUUAAAUCUACAGCGUAUGUCCUUAGUUGACAUUUUGUUCCUGUCAAUCGCAUUAGAAAGGAAAGGAGAGGAAGGAAGGGGCUGAGGUCACUUCUGUUGUGUAAAGAGGGUUUCUUUAUUAAGUUAGCAUACUGUCUGUCUGGCCACAGAGUGAUGAGAACAAUGUAGCUUAGAUUUUCUGUUUCCUCCACCAAGCUAUUUGCAUCACACAGAAUGACAGGUGGAGGGGAAAUUGAGAGUAAAGAGAGUUGUGUUUUUCUCGUUUUCCUUGAGUUCAACUCUUACUAUUACAUUAAGGGAGAACUUCCGCUUGUUUUCAAGCUGUUGUCAUGACUGUGGCAGUCAGUGACUUGGUUGUCAAGACCUUUUGUUGUGUUUUGUUAUGGAACACAGCAAGUAAAAAAGCAUCAUGCAGGGGCCAGGCAUAAGACUGACUACUCUGCUGACGCAGGCAGCUUUUUUCUAGUCUUCUCCGCUUUGAAUGGGAUUGUCUUUAAAGGAGAUUUUGCCAGAGGUUGGAGUAAUUUGAGCCACAUGCUAGUUUUUUCCCUCUUAGAACAUAUUCUCUUAGGCCAGUGGUUCUCAAACAUUUAGGGUGCAUUAUAAUCAUUGAUGUGAAAGUUGCUCAGUCGUGUCCGACUCUUUGUGACCCCAGUGGACUAUAUAUAGUUCAUGGAAUUCUCCAGGCCAGAAUACUGGAGUGGGUAGCCUUUCCCUUCUCCAAUAAUCAUUGAGGAGCUUGUGAAAAAUAGAGGAAUCUGACCCUCACCUUAGGAGGUUCUGAUUCAGCCUGGGAGAGGACAGGAAUCUGUCUUUUUAACAGUAACCCCAAAUAAUUUAUAUUCAGAUGGUUCCUAGAUCACAGCUUGAAACAUUACUACAUCAGUAAAUAUUUCUGUACCCAUCCGGUGCUUACCACAACUCCCAGAAGGUGUUUUGAUAGUUUAAAAAAAUAAGCAAAUGAAAGCAAUUUUAGAGGUCUUAAAAUGGACGCAAUCUCAUUAUUUGAUGAAUGUAGAAGUUAAGUGACUUAGCUAAGGUCAUCCUGCAAAAUUAGUGGCAGAGCCAGGACUUGAAUUCAAGUCUCUCCAUUCCUUGCUCAGGGCAGUUUCUACUGUAUUAUGCUGGCUGUUAAAGAUUUAUGAACACUUUUUUUUGUCUUUAAGUUGUAUUACUGUGGAUACCCUUAAACUGGCCAAUAGACUGAAAAAGAAAGGCAUGGGAGUAUUGAUGCUGAGAAUUCCAGCAAUAAGGAGAAACUGUUUUAAAUCUUAUAGAACUAUUUAAGCAACCCAAAUGCAUGAAUAAAAAUGACAUUUUUUGUAGAACCUACCAGACAGCCAUUUACACACAUAGAGGUUACAUAUCAGUUGGCCCUAGGACAAAUUUUAAAAAUUAGAUCUUUUUUCUUUACCAUGAUUGUUAAAAUAAAAAUUGUAAAUUUUUUUAGUCAUCAUAAAAAGUACACAGUGAAAAACAAAUUUGCCAUAAACUUUUAAAAAAAUACAUAUUUAAAAGAAAAUAAAGUUUUGGAGACAAAAAUACCUAAUGCUGAUAGUAAAAAUAAGCUACUAAGUACAAUGGUUAUAAGAAGUUUCUAUAUAUUGCAUCUCCUUUGGAGAGCACUCCAUGUUAGAUACUGGGCCCAAAUGUUGCCCAACUCUAAAUUUCGGUACAUGAUUCUUAAACCACUAUAGAGUAUCUAUCAUAUGUCAAAUAAUGUACAUACUUUACUACUAACCUUCACAAAAACUGCAAGGUAGGUGACGUGAGCACCCACUUACUGUGGAGGAAAUGGAGACUCAGGUUAAGUGAUUUGCCCUGAGCACAGAGCUGGCAUGUACUAGAUUUCAAACCCCGUGUCUUGGUUCCCAGCCUGUGCUUACCACCCAACCAUUCUGCCCUUUAGUUUGUAAAGGAUGGUGAACUGGCCUAUUUAUUUACCUAUCUAACACCCUCUGGCAGUCCUUUAUUACAGAGCUGGCUUAUCUUCUUUACUAUGCAAAAGAAUAUUUACAAGACUGACAGUUUCUAUUAGAAUUAGUGCCACAAACUGCAGGGCGUACAUACAGUCCAUACCUAACUAAAAACCCUCAAGUAGGAUAAAUAACUAUAAAGAAAAAUGGAGGAUUAAUAGCCUUGUACAGAGUCACACAGAUGAGAAUUAAAAAUUAAUAGCCAGCAAACUCAGUAAAAUUUUUGUCUUCUUUGAGGUAUAGAAGGAAAACGAAGUCACUCAGUCGUGUCCGACUCUUUGCGAACCCAUGGACUGUAGCCUACCAGGUUUCUCCAUACGUGGGAUUUUCCAGGCAAGAGUACUAGAGUGGGUUGCCACUUCCUUCUCCAGGGGAUCUUCCUGAACCAGGGAUCAAACCCGGAUCUUCCACGUUGCAGGCAGAUGCUUUACCUUCUGAGCCACCAGGGAAGCCCCCUCUGAGGUAUGAUCAUGAUCAAAAAGUCAUCAGAUAAUAUUAAGAAAUUAAAGGGCAUCAGGAAUGCUAUACUAUUAAUAUUGGGGGAUAUUACACUUAAGAUUUUGAGGUCCCAUUUCACUUACAGUAUAAAGUCUAAUUUGGUGUUUUUUAACUCAAAAAUUUUAUUUAGUUGUUUUUAUUCAUGAUAAUUGGUAAAUGUAUUAUAAUUGAUAAGUAGUAUAAUUGUUGGUAAGUAUAGUAUAAAUUAUACUUCUGUUUUUAAAAGCUUUCUGCAGAGUAGUAUAUUUAUGGCAAAGCUAUGUUGAAUGACUUUAAAAACAUCAACUCCACAGUAGUUCUUUAUUUUCAAUUGUGAAAAUGAAAUGGCUGAUGCAGAAGAGACCUGUAUUUUAAUCUUUUGAAAAUGUCUGUGGUCUUUUUUUCUCAGAAGCCCAAAGAGCAUGUAUAUUUUGUUGUUUCUCCUUGUUACAUCCCUGAAGAGAGGCUAUACCAAAAACUUUAGGAAAAUAAGCAUGGAAAAGGUCAAUCACCCAUUCUGCACUCCUAUAUCUAGAACCAGGAUCACAUCACAUCAUUGUUAAAGCUGUUUUCUAGAAAGUGCAAUAUAGGAAAAACACUCAGAGAAUCUUUUAGGAGCCUAGUGUUUCCCAUAUUAGAAUAUAUGGUGUUGGCAUCCAUAAGUACCUGUUAAGCUUGUGUUUAACAGGAUAGUCUGAUAACUUACUGGUGACAAUCAUCCCCAUUUAAUGACCAGCAGUCACUGAGAGCUAUGAAAAUUCACUCAGUAACACCGUGUUGGUCAUGAAGAAAAACAUAUAUAUUAAUUUUGGGGUAAUAAUGCAUAUCUCUUUAAGUGCCAAAAUUUAAAACCUGUAAUUAUUUUUGAUGCAAGUCUUUCAGAUAUGUCGGUAUACCUUACCUGCCUUCUUCUUAAACAGCAUGCUCAGUAUAAUUCACUUUUUCAUGAUAAAAAAGUAAAAGUUAUAUUCAUGUGUUAUUACAAGUAUCUAAUGAGCUCUGAUGUAUGUAAAAUAGUUCAUAAAUUGUAAAGGGCUAUAAUAACAAAUUGAUAUUAUUAUAAAGUGGUUCCCUCAGCCCCAAGGUAUAUAUAAUCAUUUGCCUCAGACUGCUGGUGUGGUUUUUUUUUUUAAUGUAAAAAAUUUUAUGUCUGCUAAGCAGUUUGUUUUGCUUAUAUAGUGGUUUCUUACUAUACUUAUCAAUACACCUGCUUCUAACAGGCUCCCACUUCCUUCUAAUAUGCUGUGUUCAUCUGUUAUGAGCUGGGAGGUGAGAUAACCAAGUCUGCUUAGUGUUUAAAGAGCUGGAUGAGCUCUGGGUGCACAAUCUGUGAGAGUUUUUUUGGCUGCUCCACCUUCCUGACAGUUCCACAACAACCUUCUUAAGUUCACAGCUAAAGCCCAGGCUAGUGAUUUUCUUCAGUUGCCACUAAGUAAAAUAUUACAAAAGCUAAGGAUGCUGCUCUAUUAAGGAAAGCAAUGCACCGAAGUACAGGGAAGGGAGAACAGGCUCUCUAUUUGCACGGGGCCUUUCAUGCUCUGAAGGAAAAAGACGAGUGCAGAGUGAAAAAGUAAAAAUCCAGGUAGACUUAAGAGUAUUUAUUCUUGAUGCCAUUAAAUUUUGUCGAUAACUAUUAAAAUAUAUGGUUAUCACAUUGUACAAAGACAGUUUAAUCUCAGUGCAAAAUGAGAUUGUACCAAAAUUUAUAACCUAAACACAAUGCUUAAGAAUUUCUCCCAUUCAAAUGAUAUGAAAUUAUUAUCAAAAUGAAAGUCUUAAAUUUACCUGUGUGCUUUUUUUAGUUGUAAAUGAAUUAGUGAUGGAAAAAUGGAUUUUAUUAAUGGAUUUUGUCAAAAGUUCCAGGGAAUAUAUCUCCCAUGCACAUACCCUCCUCUAUGUAUGUGUAUAUAAAUGUCACUAUAAAUGAAAAUGCCAGAGAUAAUAAAAUAACUUUUAAAGUUUAAAUCUGGUCCAAAGUACUUAAAAAGAAUUUUCAGCUUUCCUGAGUUUUUUCCCUUAGAUUUCAGUUUUUACAUUAAAGGUUGAAUAUUUGAAUUUUCUUUUAAAUUUCACUGCAUCUUUUAUGUCUUCACUGUGCUUUCUGAAAAUCUUAAGAUUUAACACUCUCAGGAAAUUUAGAGUGUCCCACAUAAUAUGCCAAACACCAGAAAGUUUUCUCACUAGAUUCUUACACCAGACUGUAAGAUCCUUGAGGGCAGGGACUCUAUUCCCAGUGCCCAGCAGGAUCAAUCAAAUGAAUUGAAUGUUGGAUGAAUCAAAUUCACCAUUAUGUGGCCUCAAGUUCCCAUGAAGCCAGAAUUUUGAUGUGUAAAUUAUUCAAUACUACAGAAGUCCAUCAUUUAUUAUAAUGAACAGACUAUUCAUUGGAGUAAGGUUUUUUUACUGACCAUAGGUCAGAAAAACUAAGCAUUUCUCAUUGUUCUGGAAAACUGCAAGAUUCAGUUUUUCAUUCAACACACAUGUGACUCCCUAUUAGAUGCCUAGUCUAGUACUAGAGCUCAAGGGACAAAGAUAACUAAGGUUUUGGUAUUCCAUAACUGCAGGUGACACAGAUUCAGACCCAGGGCUGGCUUCAUGGGUGUGUGCCCUGUGCAGUCACAAGGGCCCUUCACUAGGAAAGCCGCACACUUAGUUUACUGCUCUGCUGAAGCAACCUUGACAUUCUUAAUUUUUUUAACAAGGGGCCUGCAUUUUUAUUUUGCACUGGGCUCACAAAUUAUGUAGCUGGUCCUGCUUGAAUAGUAUCAUUUUGACCUAGUGAAAACAAUAAGCAUUAGAGUACCUUUUAUCUACCUUCUAGUAAAGAUAUUCACAUUCAUUGAAAACUAGCCAUAAAAUAAUUUAGUAAAGUAACUUCUAAAAUCUAAAAUUGAAACAAAACUUCCUUCUUCCCACAGUUUUUUAACAGAUCAAAUGUUAUUCAUUUCAGAAUUAGAAAAGGUUUCUAUAAACAUAUUAAUAGGUUUUUACCUUUUCUGGGUUUUCAAAUGGAUGGUAGAAUUGUAGGUGAACUUACCUACAUACAUACCUACAUCCAAUUUUAAGGUUUUUAAUAAAUGUCUAAUAUAUGCAUUGAAUAGUUUAAGUCUACCUCAUAAUGUGCUUUAAAAAAAUAAAUGCUACUUUGAAACAUCUGACACACGUUUUGUGUGUGGUUAACCUAUUUAAAAGAUUGAUAGCAAACUUGGAUUUAGUAUUAGUUUGAAAACUUGUUUACAUUUUGUUCAUUUUUAGACCAGAAUCAACCAUAAGGCUAUGACAGAGGCAGUGGUGGCUCUUGUUAGUGGUAUUCUAAACUUUUUUGAUCAUGUAACUCCUAACAGAAAAAGUUAAGAGAAGACACUGUAAAUUUUGGUUAUUUAUAAAUUAUAUACAUAUUAUUAUACUCAUCUAUUAUAUACAUCAUAAAACAUGUAUAAAGGAAACUUUAGAAGGAUAAGAUGUCUAAAAAAAAAAGUUCUACAUUACCUCCUGCACUUCCACGGUUCACCUUGUCUUUCCACUGGUGUAUGACACUCCCCUUUGUGAAGGCUGCUGCUCUAAACCACAGAACUGGCAUUUUACACUGAACACACAUUGAGAUCUGAACCAUUCACAUCUGUGCACUAAAGCUCUGGCCAUUUACAAGUGUAUUCAAUAUGAAUGUGUGUCAUUUCACAAAUGAUUUAUUCCGUGAAAAUUAUUCAUACCAAUAGGAAGCAGUUGAUAAUUUUUUGUCAAGUUGUAACCAGUGAUUAGUUCUCAUACCAAUUUAGAACAUGUUUUACUUUUCAUACUGCUCCCUAGAAUGACAUCUUAUAUUAUUUAACAGUGUGAUUGACAGUUCAUUUUGCCAUACUAUUUUAAAUUUACUAGAAAAAUGACAAUCCUACUUGGGAUGCUAACUUUUGGUAAGUCAUUGAAAAAGAAAAUAGAGUGAAUCUCUUUCAGAUUAUUUUGAGAAAUUAAUCAUUCUUUAGAUAAUUUAACCAUAGCAUUAAUGAUCACUAUUUCAAUUAUCCCUGAAAUAUGACUGACAUACUUUAGAUUAUUUAAAUAUAGUUUAUUUAAAUAGAAGAGAUUUGGCAUGCAUUAAUACUAAAGAAUUAGUGAUUUAUGUUAGUUUCCUAUUACUGAUAUAACAAAUUUCCAAAAACUUAACGGUUAAUAGAUUUCCUUCUAGGCCCUUCCCUUCCGGCAGAGAACAUGAAAAGUGGUGCAGGCAUUAGCACCACCAGGAGAGCUUGUUAAAAGACUGCUAGGCUGACAUCCAGGCAUGUUGACUUCACAGGUCUGGGGUAGGAACCCCUAUUUUGUAUUUCUAGUCAGUUCCCGUUGAUGCUGUAGAUCUGGGGACCACAGUUUGAGAACCAGGGAUAUAGAAAAUGUAGUUCAGGUUUAGUUUUUUCAUGGAUGACAGUUCCAUGAAUCUCUGUGAAAAUAAAGAAAGCCAGUUUGGAGAACAUCUUAACUUUGGAGACUGAGAGAGGGAUAACCAUGCUUCCCGUCAGCUACAGCGUCCUCCUUCAGCGAGAGCUAGAGCUCAGACUUCCCUAUUUUCAAAUGGUACUUAUGUUACUGAGCAGUUAAUUAUGCCAAGAUCAUCUUAUCUUCUCAGGAACAGACCUGGUGCUGUGUGGCCUAUCUUCUAACUACACGAGAGGAGUCACUACAGAAACACAGGGACCUCCAAACAGCUUGCAACAGCUGCGGACAGGGUAACAGUUCAGAACAGGGACAGAAGUUCUAACCAGGGCACAGACCACACAGAAGAGCUUCUAAACCCUUUCUGGUGGGUGGGGGAUGGACGGCUGUCUCUUUUGAAAGCUAUUUAAAUUACGGGUCCAUGAGCCUGCUCUGUUUAAAUUAACUUGCAAAAGCCCAUCACUAUAAAACAUUAGUUUUUGGGUAAAAUGAAAAAUUCAAAUUUUGUUCUAAAAGGAUUACUUUCUUAAAGUUAAAUACAAAAGUGUCUGAUUGGUUCUGAAUACAUUAUUCUUAGGGAGCUAUUACCUUAAGAGAUUUUGUGGAUGUAUACAAUAAACGUUUGUAUAAAAGAAGAACUUCCUGGCCUUUAUUAAAAAGUUGCAGAGUAUUGGCAGGAAGAUCAUGAUGCCCACCUACCUCGGUCACUUCAGGUGUGAGUAAACCACUCACUUGCAGGGUAGUCUUAAGGAAAACGCUAAUAACAGCGUGAGCUUAUCACAAGCCCUGUCCCAGUUCGGCAUGUGUCCUGGGCCUGAGGAGUGGGAGCUGGUGGCCACCACAUCAUUAGUAGGACUAGUGGGAAGGCUAAGUGAGUAACAUGCCAUAGGCUCGUGUUCCCCUCCAGCAGGUGUUUCUAUGUGGUGUCCUGACUUCAUGGCAACCUAAGAAUUAGUAGUAUAGUAAAAGAACUGAAUCGAGUCUCUCAAUAUGUUGCUGACAUCAAAUACUGUGAUAACACCCUAAUGAUUUUUCUUAACAUUUUAUUAUGAGAUGUUCAAAACAUACAGCAAGGUUGGAAGAAUUUCACAGGGAAUAUAUGUUUACCAAGACUCAAAUGUCAACACUUUACUAAGUUUGUUAUAUCAGUUAUCCAAUAGUCUAUCCACCUAUCAAUCAUCUUCAUUUUUGAUGUAUUUUCAUAAAUGAAUUGCAGACAUCUACACCCAUCCUUCUAAAACUCCUUGGCAAUACAUAUCAUUAACUAAAGUUCAAUAUUUUUCUUUUGUUGUAAAAUUUCCAUACAAUGAAGUGCACAAAUAUUAACGGUACUUUUGCUAAAGAAGUUUAGGCAAAUGCAUACACCUAUAUAAUCCACACCCCUAUUCAAAAUAUAUUCUUAUUUACCAUCACCCCAGAAAGUUCCUUCAUGCCCCUUCCCAGAGACAACCACUUUUUUUCCCUACCAGAUUUGCCUGUUCUAGGACUUCAUAUAAAUGGACUCAGACAUUACGUAUUCCCCAUGAUGAUUUUUAAAAGACAAAUUCCUAAGCGAUUCAAAGUGUCUCUGAAACAGAGUAGUGACAAAGACAGCUUCUGGGAUCAGAUUCCGACGCACUCACUGAGCAGCUGCCAUGAGCGCCUCUACUCUGGGGACACAGAUGAGACAGAUCAUCUCUGCCCCAAGGAGUUCACACCGUCCUGAGGGGACACAGCCCACACAGCCUGGUCAGAGUCCUGGAGUUGAGACAGUCAUCGCCACAGGAGACCUAAUCCAGUCUGGAAACCAGUAGGGAAUCAAGGGAAAUUUAACGUUGUACCUAGGAACUUGUCUCAGGCAGCCAAUACUCUGUACUAUCCGCAAUUCUAGAAUCUUGUAAGUCAAAAUGAUUUGCCCUUAAAAGGGCAGUUUUACAGUACUGAGACGUCAGGCGUUCUGCCAAAAAAAACGAUAAAAGUUACAAACUGAUAUUGGGGUUACUGUUUUCUCUAGUUUGAAUUGAUAUAAACUCAGAUGCUGUAUUCAGCAUUGCUUCCAAAUGUAAAAACACCAUGCUUUUCUGUUCCCAGACCACAAGUGGCAGAAGUUUUGAUGGGCUCCAAACAGCAACAGCAAAGCUUUAAAUCUUCCUGGACUUUGGCUUAGCUUUCUGAAGGCUUAUCACACCCAUUAUAUCUCCAAGUUUAGGUCCUCACUUCCUAACUCGUUUUCACUCAUUACCUUCAAAUUUUGCACACAAAUUAAAAAUGAAAAGUACUUGGAUCCCUUAUAUACCAACUUUCCCCAAUGGCUGUUUUCUAGUGGGGAAAUAUGAGGAGGGGAGCCCAAGAAAAUGUGAUGGUAUUGGAAUUUGUUUAAUCUUUUUCCAGCGAAGUAUGACAGGGAUAAGCAAAGUUUGGAGGCUUCUUUUAUCCAAAGGGAAAGGAGAAAGCUAUACACCAGGAGCCACCUAUUGCUACAGAUAUGAUGACCCUUCAAAGAAAUUAGUUUCUUUUUCCUAUCAUUUGAAACAAAAAGUUAGCUAGCAUCUCAGUGUAACUAAAUGCAUUCCCCUUUUUUGGUGUUCUGUCAGAAGCAAGUCACUGCUGACUAAUGACUGGAGAGAACGUGAACUGAACACUGAUGGUAAAAGGGAGAGCAACUACCGAGGUGGUCUGCUUUAAACAACUCAUGGCACUUCUAUAGAAACAAAGCAGCAGGCAAUGACAAACCAAUUUUAAGGAAUACUUUCUUCUUGCCCUUCUCAGUCAGCCUGACUCAGCUGAGUUCCACAGUUCACAAACAGCUGCAAGAACAGAAAAAUGAAGUGCCUGUCCAUUGGAAUCCUGCUGCAGUUGCAGACCUCCCCAGGCCCCCCACCCUGCGUCACACCGUGAGAAAUGCUCUCUACUGGCCUCACUCUGCCCGCAGUUUACAAUGACAUUUCAUCAGAGGAUGUGCUGAACAGCCCUUUUAUGAUAAAUUUCUUAAAAAAUUCUAAAACUGGAAUGUUUUAGAAUCAUUAUUAAUAUAUGGCAACUGCUUCCUCAUCUGGUGGUCCUCAUCAGGCAAGCUCAACUAUCCCUAGGGUCAGGGAGCACCUUACAAUUUAAUGUGUAAACCAACAGUGCAACUCAUAUGAUUUCACAGUCGCCUAACAGAAACAAGCAGAAUGAAAUUAAAAGCAGAUAUAAAAAGCUCAGAAAGCACCAAUAUCCAGACCAUUUAGCUUGGGAAUAAGCACGACCUGAAGGUAAGUGAAGUUGCUCAGUCGUGUCUGACUCUUUGCGACCCCAUGGACUGUAGCCCACCAGGCUCCUCCAUCUAUGGGAUUUUCUAGGCAAGAAUACUGGAAUGGGUUGCCAUUUCCUUCUCCAGGGGAUCUUCCCAACCAAGGGAUUGAACCGGGUCUCCUGCAUUGCAGGCAGAUGCUUUACCGUCUGAGCAACCAGGGAACCAAAGCUUGAAGAUACAUUAUUAUAAUACAAAGUAUUAAUAAGCUGACUUUACCAAGACAGUUUAUACUCAGUAAGGGAAGAGUUUAUUUGGAAAAAAACCUUAAAAACAAAAAAGCUUUGCAGUCAACCUAUUUAGAAAAGAAACUUACUUGACCAAACAAAAUGGAUCAGUGAAGAACUGUUUUACCUACAAAGUUAUCAGGUGGAGUCACUAAGAGUCAAGGUAGCAUGCUAAAUGGUCUACCAAGAAAAAGACUGAGAGACUAACCUACUACAAAAAGCAAAGUGCUAGUGACGGUAACCCAACCACAAGAGAAGACCAAAUAGAAAGGCCUUUAAAAAAGAAAAACAAAAAACUUUAUUCCAAACAGAAAUACCAAAAGAAGCACAUUAACUCAAACAUUUAACAGAUUUCAUUUAAAGGCAUAUAGUCACAAAACUCAAAAUAUCAAACAAAACCAGCUGUGUGUGCUUAACCACUUUUAAUAAUGAAACUUUAAAAAAAGAAAACAUAUAGAGACCCCCCACAAUCUGGGAGCCAUUUAGGCAAGCAUAUAUUCAGUAUUAGGCAAAAAGGCAGCAUUAAAAACUAAAAAUCCUCAAAUUUAAGGAGAAAGCCUAUUCAGGUCUUUGAUACUCAUUUAUUAGCACACGAGAAAACAGAUUAUUUUCAAAGCAUCAAGUCUGAGUGCUUACCCUUUCUUUAAAUGUGAUCGCCACUGCGCCUUCAUCUUGACUGCAUACCCCUCACACAACAGUACUUCAUCUACACUGAAUAGUCUUGGUCAGUCUGACUGGCUUACCGUGAAGGCCUCCAGGACCACUGUCGUCGUCUUCUUAAGGUCUGUAUGGCCUUAGUUAUAACUGAGUCUCACCACGUUCUCAGCUAGGGAACUUCAGGUCUUCAAAGCUGUUUAUAUAUACACAGUUCUGUUUCAUUGCACAGUUCACAAUAUAUAGCAGGUGAUUAUAUGUAAUAUUGACUAUUGAGACAAAAGCACCGACUAUCUCCAACUACAAAAGAAACAAAAGACACACUCGCCACCACACAGAGGCUGUGUUUACUCUGUAGUGCGUCCUGAGGGCUCACACCACGCUAAGGGUGCUAAGUAUAGAAUCUAUCCCGUAUUUUUGGUGGCAUCAGAAUGAAGUACAGGAGGCAAGACCCAAACUGCCCUCUGCUCGGAGCUGUCUGCACCACACGUGUAACAGAAAGGCCACUUUUAAAGCUUUUCAGAUAAAGUUAUUCCAUCAUUAUAUGCCUUUUCAAAAUCAUUACCAUACUAGUUCACACUAAAGGUAAAAACAAUAGUUAGAAUCUCUUACUUACUAAUAACACAUUUUGACUUCUUUUAAAUUUCAGACAAAGCUGUUGGCUACCACAAGUUCUGUUGAGUUUUCCGUCAAAUUUAAGAAACUAUAGGACAACACAAAACCAUCCCUGGUAAUGUAUUUGCAGUUUGGUCUUCAAAAGCUGUAAAAAGUGACAAAGAAAUCAAUAAAGUGAGUUAAAACCAUUAAAAAAGAUUUAUUGUUUUUAAAUGCCACAUGUUUGAGAUAGCAGAAACCAAAGCAGCCUUCCAAUUCUCACUUUGCUUCUAUUUCACAAAAGUGCUUUAGAGUUUAGAUUUCUAUCACCUACAUGGAGUGUAUAGGCAAAAGGAAGCCCUGUAGAACUGAGUGAACUGGAGCCCCCCUGCAGGGCCAGGGCGUGACCGCAGGCCGACUCACCCGCACACGCCCGAGCACCCAGACACGCCCGCGAGCGCAGGACACACCAGAGAACCAGAGGUCCAGGCCCCGCAGGGCCUCUGCUGCCCAUCCCUGAAACCGGUUCAAAUCCUGACUCUGCUCCACAGGCCACAAGACGCCACUCACAUUUACCUGGCGUUAAAUCCUCACUUUCUCAAACGCUUGCACCCGCACCUCGGUUUCUAGAAUGAACUGCCACUUCCAGCACAGCAUUACCAAAGAGCCUCUGCAGAGCUGGUGAGCUUCAUCACCACCUGGCAAACACGUGACGACCCCCUGACCCCUCACAGCGGGAAGGAUGAUGGUCCUGUCGCCUGGCCAGCCGUCCCGCACUGAGACGUAAACAUCUUUUCUGGACUGCCUGUCCAGGAACUGAGUAAACUACCAUUUGGGGCCCUGGUUUGAUUUUGGUCAGCAUGUGCACAUAUUCACAUGCAAUCAUCCAGAAUGAUGAAAGACUAAUAAAAGCUAGGUGCCCUGCCCCAUGUCAAAUGCUAGAAAGCCAUCUUAACUACGUAAUAGUUACACACGUGGAUUUUUUAAAAGCUGAUAAACCAUUUUUCUAGGAUAUCUGGUAUGUUUUACUAGUUAUUCAAUACCAACUGAAUGAACCAACUUUGCUUUUUUAUUUUAAAAAAAUAUUUUAAAAUCUGAUUCCUUUGACAAGCAAAUUUGUCUGUUAGGUGACGGAUAACUAUGCUACUCAGCUAUCACCAACUUCUAGAAUUUAAAACUAAUAUUUCACAUAUCUUUAUUUAGGCCUUAUCCUCUCAAACUGUCUUACUAUUUAAAUGAUAAGAUGGCAAAACUGGGUUCCCAAAAUGUAAAGAUCCUAACAGAAGUUUCUAUUUCCAAGACUAAAAUUUAAAAAGACAGCUUAACACUGUGGGUGAAAGUUAUCCUGAGUUUUUUCCCCUCCUUCUCGGGAACACUUAGAAACCAGAAGAAAAAAAAAAAAAAAAUCUGAGGUCCAAUUAAUAGACUUCCAAAAUACAAUGGAAGCACUUUUGUUGUUUUUUAAAGGGAGUUUCAAGAGAAUAGGAUACCUGAAAAUGACAAA